GCUGUGGUCUGUGGAUGGGAGGAGCAUCAUAUCACCGCCUGUAGGAUGCAGAGCCGCGUUUCGGAACCCGGCUGAGAAACCAAAGCCAGUCGACACCGGUCCUGGGUGUAGAUGUAACAUCCCGGAUGUGGAGAAACAGCGUCCUGUAGUUCUACGUCGGGUAUUAGAAGCCGUCAUACAUAUACAUGCGUAACCUACGUAUUUAAAUAUGAUGUAGCAGAUACGCACUGGCUGGACAGGCGGUGAAGAGAGGUCGCUGACGGACUGCGCGUAAUGCUGAGUGGACAGCAGUAUUUCUCGCUGUAUAUUCCAGCCUAGACGGGCUAUUGACAGGAGAUUCGCACUUCUUCUGCAGUGCAGCUCGUCAUCAGAACCAGAUGCGCUCCGCCGGACCGGACCCGUUCAGUUUCAUGCCGUCCAACCCGACCGGAGCCUGAGCCGAAGGAUGCAGGUUAAAAACCAGAUCUGCACAGAGCGGAGCAGCACCGACGACCCGGAGCAGGAUGACAACCAGAAGAAGACCUCGUGUUUUUCCAACAUUAAGAUUUUCCUGGUGUCGGAAUGUGCGCUCAUGUUGGCACAGGGCACCGUGGGCGCCUAUCUGGUAAGUGUUCUGACCACUCUGGAGAGACGCUUCAACCUCCAGAGUGCCGAUGUGGGCGUCAUUGCCAGCAGCUUUGAAAUCGGCAACCUGGCCCUCAUCCUCUUUGUCAGCUACUUUGGCGCCAAGGCACACAGACCUCGCCUGAUUGGCUGCGGUGGGAUUGUCAUGGCGUUGGGGGCGUUGCUAUCAGCCCUGCCGGAGUUCCUGACUCAUCAGUACGAGUACGAGGCCGGGGACUCGUGGCACGCUGAGGACGGCAGGGACGUCUGCUCCAACAUCACCAGGUCAGAGAACCGAGACUCUGGGUUUAAAUGUGGCAACCGAGCCAACACCAACAUGAUGUACCUUCUGCUAAUUGGAGCCCAGGUUCUGCUGGGCAUUGGAGCCACACCUGUCCAGCCUCUGGGAGUGUCCUAUAUCGAUGACCAUGUCCACAGGAAGGACUCCUCACUGUACAUAGGUAUUUUAUUUUCAACGUUAGUGUUUGGCCCGGCCUGUGGCUUCAUCUUAGGUUCCGUCUGUACCAAAGUCUAUGUUGAUGCUGUCUUCAUCGACACCAGUAAGCUGGACAUCACCCCAGAUGAUCCUCGCUGGAUCGGGGCAUGGUGGGGCGGCUUCCUCCUCUGCGGUGCCUUACUCUUCCUGUCGGCCCUCUUCAUGUUUGGCUUCCCCCAGGCGCUGGACGAGCAGGACAUGGACGGCGGAGGGGAGAGUGAGCAAGCCAUGCUGCCUCCUUCCCUGACCCUGGAAUACCAGGGCUCUAAACCCAACGGGACAAUUCAUGGCUUUGAUAUAAACAGUGGACUCUCAGUCUGUGAGCACCUGAGAGUAAUCCCUCGGGUAACCAGGCACUUACUCUCUAAUCCGGUGUUCAGCUGCAUCACGCUGGCAGCCUGCAUGGAGAUUGCUGUGGUUGCUGGCUUUGCUGCCUUCCUAGGCAAAUACUUGGAGCAGCAGUUCAACCUUACCACCUCCUCAGCCAAUCAGCUGCUAGGUAUGACGGCUAUCCCCUGUGCCUGUCUGGGUAUUUUCCUCGGAGGGCUGCUGGUUAAGAAGCUGAACCUGUCUGCACUGGGCGCUGUCCGCAUGGCCAUGCUGGUCAACCUGGUGUCCACUGCCUGCUACGUCUCUUUCCUCUUCCUGGGAUGUGACACUGGACCUGUCGCAGGGGUUACGGUGGCCUAUGGCAACGAGACACUGCAGUCUUGGCAGAGACCUGAGUCAGCAUGCAUCAGUAACUGUAACUGCUACACAGCAUCAGUGAGCCCCGUCUGUGGUUCCAAUGGAGUCACCUACCUCUCAGCCUGCUUCGCUGGCUGCACCAAACCAAACCUGACCAGCUGUACGUGUAUAUCCAGCAACAGUGAAGACGCAGUGGCUUUACCAGGGAAGUGUCCCAGUCCAGGUUGUCAGCAGGCAUUCCUCACCUUCCUAUGUGUUAUCUGUGUGUGCAGCAUGAUCGGGGCUAUGGCCCAGACACCCUCUGUCAUCAUCCUCAUCAGAACUGUGAGUCCAGAGCUUAAAUCAUACGCCCUCGGAGUUCUGUUCCUGCUCCUGAGACUUAUAGGCUUCAUCCCUCCCCCUCUGAUCUUCGGCAUGGGCAUCGACUCCACCUGUCUGUUCUGGAGCUCGGUCUGCGGCGAGAAGGGAGCCUGCAUGCUGUACGACAACGUGGCCUACAGGCAUCUGUACGUCAGCAUCGCCAUCGUCCUCAAGUCAUCAGCCUUCCUCCUGUACACCACCACGUGGCAGUGUUUGAGAAAGAACUACAGGAAAUACAUCAAGAACAGCGAGGGUUACCUCACUCCCACCGAACUCUUCGCCUCCAAUGUGACUCUGGACAACUUGGGCAAGGAGAUCACGCAGAAUCCAGCCAACAGGACAAAGUUCAUAUACAACCUGGAGGACCAUGAGAUGUGUAACAACAUGGAGUCAGUUUUAUAGUGGCGCUCUGCACUGGGACUGCAGACUAGAACUGUUAAUGUACAACUGACCUGAUGUGCAAUGUUUCUUUGGUGUCGUAUCGGUUUAGAAGAAUGUCCUCAGUAAGGGUCUUAUCUUCUUCUCACCCAAAACAUCAGACAUAAGGAAAAAAUUGAAGAGAUGUUUCCCAAAAUGCUCUAUAUCCACAUUGCGCUUCAUUUUUUUUCUUUUCCUUUUUUGUUUUAUCUUAAAUAUUGAUUAUCCAGUCCAAACCAACUUUUUUGUUAUUUUGGCAUCUUGUCCCUUAUUUGACACCUGAGUUUUGACUGACAGAAACCACUGAGAGAGACAGGAGGAAUGACACGUAAACUCUGCACACCCCUGGAAUGAUUUUCUUUACAGUAAGAUUUAGUGGAAAUAGUCGUAUUAGGCUUAGAUAUACUUCAAAAUCAUAACUGUGUGAGAAGCAGAAAUCUUAUUAUUCUUUAUUUAUCAGCUUUAUCAGACAGUUUAUUUUCCUUCAGAAGGAAGUAUUUCUCAGGUCCAAAUGUCAGAUAGAAAGAAUGAGAGUUAUUAUUUUUUUCUUGUUUUUGGAGCACUUUUCAGAUAUAAAGAACAUACAGUUGUAGUUCAAUUGGGGCCUUUCCAUUCAGGGAGUACUUAUUAACACAAUUUUGUGCCAAUAACCCCUUUACCCUCACUUUUUUUUUAAUUAAGUUUAACAGACAGAGGUGGGCCUAUUUCCUGGCUAGUAAGAGAAGAAAGGAAAAGAGAAGAGAAGUACAGACAAAGCUAAUUAAUUUGUAACACUUUGCAAAAUAACCAUACUUGAUCAUCAUGAGGAUGAAUUGAAAAUGUAGUUUGGAAAACAACUUCUAUUACUUCUAUUAUUAUUCAAUAUCUUAUAAAAUAGCCUUGAUGUUAAAGCAAGUACAAAAACAUUUUACCAGUACAGUCAUUUUUUAAAUAUUUUUGUGCUGAAAGUGGGGUUGACUUUUUCUCAAAAGGUGGAUAUCUCAUUUUGGAGCCAAACUCUUCAGUUUGAGUUGAUGUUGCACAAAAAAAAAAAUACGUACAGUCUCUCUUAAUAGCUUUCAGUGUAAUUGGCCUGUUCUUGUUCUAGAGGGCAUUUUAGGAUAGGAGUGUUGAGCCAACACGUAAUAAUUAUCCCUUUACUGUGUCAUGGUGUGGAGCUUUGCUAUGAAUGCUGGACAAGAUUCUGAGACCAAUUUUCUGUUUCAGAGCCACAGAACUGUAUUUUUUUCUACUUCACGAUUCAGUUGAUUUUUCUUUGUUUUCUCUUUGGCAUUUAUAGAAAUUAGAUACAACUUCCUGAAGCUAAUUUACAGAAAAAAAAAUCCUUCCCAUUGUUUAAAUGAUGAUCUCACCCAAAGCAACUGACUGUGGGUGAGGAUAAAGGAGUUAGGAGGCCUACUCAUGAAUACUUGGAUUAGACACACAUGUGAGUUGAUUCAGUAACUGAGCCGGUGACAUUUCAGUUACAUCAAUAUCUCUCCAACCACUGAUUUGACCGUACCACCAUUAUAACUCUGUCACUCAUGUCAUUGGCAAAUGGAGACAGAAAUACAGUUUGACUUGGUGGUGUAAUUCUACUCUUGGGGAUGCCGCCUGCAGCAGAAAUGCAUGGUAUACAUAGCAACAUGAUAAAUAACAAGCAGGGAACAUUGCAAAUAAGACUCUCCAGGGUACAUGUAUGUAGUAGGGGCUGACGCAGGUGGAGGCUGACUGACAGGGUGAAGGCGUUUAAGUAGAACGCCAAGUCAACAUAGUGAGACGUGAUGAUUGUGGUGGGCUAGCUGUCAGCAGACACAGCAUAGCAUGACGCAUAGUGUCCAGCCAGAAUUAGUUCUUUUAAAAGCAUGCUGGUAAUGCAUGUAAUGAUUAAACAAAAAAAGAAAAAAAGAAAUAUUCAGUAUGUCACUAAGUUACACACACUCUGUGGUUUGGUGGUCAUGGUAAUGGUCAAAUACACAUUUAACUCUAAUGGCCUGCGAAAUCUAUUUUUGACCAUGGAAAAGCUUUAUAAUGCAUACUGCAUUGUGAUGUUGACAUUUAAAGAAAAACUGACUCAUAAUCACUCACACUGCAGUGAUUGUCUAAAUACAGAUUUUUUUUUUUUUAAGGAAUUCUAUGGGAUUCUGAUUUCUGACAUAUCCAGUUUAUAUAGAGUAUAUUGUUUUUCCUGGCUUACUUUAUAAGUAUUUAAUAUGUUUUGCAUCAAAAAUAUGGACAUUUGUCCAGCUACUCACCAUUGCAAUAGAUUUUAUUUCCAAAAUGUUUAAUCCCUUUGGGGUUUUAGAUUGGGGGUUAAAGGAGUAUUUCGUCAUUUUGGCAAAGACACUUAUUCACUUACUUGCCUAGAGUCACUGCACUCUGCCAAGAUAGUGCACAUAACCCCCUAAUAAAAGGAAACCUCUCAGUUUUAGACCUGUUUGUUGUAUGGGCAAUGAGAUACAAUGUGUUAAUAGGGUAGCUUUAGAGGUGCUCAUGGGUCCUAAAAUGAAGCGAACCAGCUGCUGGUUGUUGCUUCAUAUUUGCUGAACAGACAUGACAGAGGUGUCAGUCUUUUCAUCUCUUGGCAAGGAAGCAAAUAAGUGUAUUUCCCAACAUGUUAAAGUGUUCCUUUAAGUUUAAGUUUGUUAAAGCCACCUACUAUUCUUUGAAAAGUUCCACAGUUCAGUUUCAGGAUAUAUUGCCACAUUUUGUGGGUCUUUUUUUUUUUGCCAAUGGUGGAGAUUAUUUUGGAACCACACGACUCAUGUGAUGUCUUUAGUUUAGCACCUCAUUGAACCAACAGUAUAAGAUUUAAACUAUACACUGAUGCUGCUUUAGCAUCAUAAAUAAUAUAGAAAAUAUUAUUCAAACGGGGAAAACAGGCAGUUGUUAGAGAAUACUUGAGAUCAACUCUUAAUGGACCUACAGUUGACAGAGAGCCAUGCCAAACCAGACCAGACUCAUGUUUGCUUGGUUUGCAAUGAGACUUGAAUCCUUGAGAUGGAGGAAAUUUUCAGCACUGAUUAGGUAGUGCCUGAAAGCUCAAAAUUUGAUCGUCCCUGCUAAGAUUGGCUCUUAGCAGGACAUUCAGGACAGCUGGACAUGAGGCUGAGAUGUACAAACAAUUAAAAAGGAACUCUCCACGUUUCUAACAGGGAGGAGGGUGAUAACUAACAUUACCAGCUGGUUACCAUCUCCUCCUUAGCAACCCCCCCCCCCCCCCAAACAGGUGGCGCUGUCUUUGAUAUCUGUAACGUCCAGUGUGUCAUAGUGCUGACUCCUCUGUACAUAAUAGUGCCAUACAAGUGCCAAAGUGACACCAUAGAAGUGUUCUGUAACGUCCUGCAGAGAACUUUGUCUCAACACGCUGGAGCUCAGAGCAGAUCCUCCAGCUGUAUGUAGCCUUUCUGUGAUAUUCCCUCCACUUACUUUCACCAUAUCAUACAAAAGUGUCCCAAAAACAUAUUGCCUAUAAAAUAUUGUAUAUUGGUCUAGAAAACAGUAUUAUUUAGGAUGUAAUAACUGUUAAUAUGUAGGACUUUUCUACUAGUGAAGGUAUUGUCUAAUUUAGAUUAAUCUCUCUUUCCAUCAGUGGCAAAGCUGAUAACUGUUUGUUGCUUUGGUCCAAAUAAAAACAAUACUUUGCUUGAAAUAAGUGGCACCAAUGUUGAGCUAUAGCCUGACAUUGUACAGUAGAUAACGUUGACUGUAGAAAAUCAGCCAAACUUCACUGAUAGCAGUCCUGCACCUGUGCCUGGAUAUUAAGCUCUACUCUGAGACUUUUUUCUGACGGGAGCCGAUGUUGUGCCAUAUCAACCUGUGCACUGUAACAUUCAACACUCGCAAAGAAGAAGCCAACAUAUUCUAGGUCUGUCCAAUGCGCUGGCAAGUGUGACAGCGCCCGCUUGACCUUGUAUUCACCUGCUGCGACAGGACUGUUUCUUUUGGCACCUAAAUGUGCUUGAGAUGUUUUUGCCUUGUGAUGAGAAAAAUACCUUUGGAGCGUAAACGUUUUUUUACAUCCUAUUUUCCCAUUAUUCUCUUUUGAUGACCUUGCCUUUUGGUAACAGCAGGUUGACUUUUAUAGCGGAUCUAUAGUGACAGAGAUAUUGACAUAUGAAGAGUUUACUGCCAAAAUACGACAUUUGGUGGCAAAGAUGCUCUUAUCUGAGGGAUUUCGAGAGACAUUUUGCCAACUUUGGCCAACAAUAGACAGUUAUCCUGUAAAUAAGUCCACAGUUAGUUUGACCUUUUUGUUGCUGUUCAUCAUUUCGUACUGAUAGUCACUUUUUGUAGAUGAAGGAUGUUAUUUUGGAAGGAAACUCUUCAUAUGCAGAUAGAUAAUCCUUUGGUUUGAGCCUUUAGGCAGCAUGUUGCCUUUUAUUAAAGUGAAACCAUGUGCUAACCAUGUUAGUGACGGUUUUAGAGUGAUGUGUUUGCUUAUGUUGUGGGUGAUAUUCAAUAUGUGAAUUUCAUGGCUCUUUGCAGGGGACCUUUGAAAAGGAAAAGGGCAUUGAAAUAAGAAAAUAUCACAUAUUUUCAAAGCAUCACGAAAGAUUUUUAGAUAUGCUCUAUUGCUUCUUUGUCUUUUGUUUCCUUUGUUUCUUUAAAUUACAUGAAUUUAUAUUUAAAAGCUUUAUGUUCUGUAUAUUUCUUGGAAAAGAUUACAUGAUUGUAUGUUUAUUGUAAAUACAUUAAAUAUACUAUUUUUGUUUUUAA